AUGAAACAUUCAGAUGGAGGCCAUGAGCAAGACCAAGCCAUUUCCCUCCUUCGUCAGGUCUCUGAUGUCGACCACCGCCAUUACGAUGAGAAUUACGUCCAAGAACUCAUCGAGAAGGCCAUCUGGUUCACUUUGCAUGUGUCCAGAGAAGGGAUUUCUGCGAUGCACCGUGUGGGAAGUGCAGGGAACACGUCUAAUUCAGUUCGUCCUCGCAAGGAAAAGAAGUUCACAUAUGUGUUGAAUGAUUCAGAUGACACAAAGCACUGCGCUGGCAUAAAUUGCUUGGCUGUGUUGAAGUCAUCCAGACCAGGUGGGUCUGAUUAUCUCUUUACUGGGAGUCGUGAUGGCACGUUAAAGAGAUGGGCCUUGGGUGAAGAUGUUGCUACCUGCUCUGCUACAUUUGAGUCCCAUGUUGAUUGGGUCAAUGAUGCUGUUCUUACUGGCGGUGACACAUUAGUUUCUUGCUCCUCAGAUACCACUGUUAAGAUCUGGAAUUGCUUGUCUGAUGAAACAUGUACCAGAACGUUGCGUCAGCACUCUGACUAUGUCACUUGCCUUGCAGCAGCAGAAAACAAUAGCAAUAUUGUUGCCUCUGGUGGCCUAGGUGGGGAAGUUUUCAUAUGGGAUCUUGAAGCUGCACUUUCUCCCCUGUCCAAGUCAAAUGAUUCAGCUGAAGAUGAUGGUGCAGCUAGUGUCAAUGGUUUGGUAUCUUCGUUAACUAAUACGAGUAUGCGGCCUAUUGGUUCAAGUAAUAACAUUUCUCUGCAUGCUACUCAAUCUCGAGGAUACACUCCUAUAUCUGCAAAAGGCCAUAAAGAGUCAGUUUAUGCAUUGGCCACGAAUGACCGGGGAACUCUUCUCGUCUCUGGUGGAACUGAGAAGGUAGUACGUGUAUGGGACCCAAGAACCGGUUCUAAGAACAUGAAGCUCAGGGGGCAUACUGAUAAUAUUCGGUCACUACUGUUGGAUUCUACUGGAAGAUUUUGCUUAUCUGGGUCCUCUGAUUCUAUGAUCAGGCUUUGGGAUCUUGGUCAGCAGCGUUGUGUGCAUUCCUAUGCUGUGCACACAGAUUCUGUAUGGGCACUUGCUAGCACGCCAGCAUUUAGUCAUGUUUAUAGUGGUGGAAGAGACAGUUCUUUAUAUAUGACAGACUUGGAAACAAGAGAAAGUGUUUUACUUUGUACAAAGGAACAUCCCAUUUCGCGAUUGGCAUUGCAUGACAACAGUAUUUGGGUUGCUACAACAGAUUCUUCUGUGGACAGAUGGCCAUCUGAAGCACAUAAUCCCAUGAAAGUUUUCCAAAGAGGCGGUUCAUUCUUGGCUGGAAACUUGUCAUUUUCAAGGGCAAAGGCUUCACUGGAAGGUUCUGCACCUGUUCCUGUUUAUAGAGAACCUUGUCUUUGCAUUCCUGGAACCCCGGGGUUGGUACAGCAUGAGAUUUUAAACAAUAGAAGACAUGUCCUGACUAAGGAUACUACUGGCUCAGUGAAAUUAUGGGAAAUUACAAAGGGUAUGGUGAUUGAAAACUAUGGAAAGGUUUCGUUUGAUAAGAAGAAAGAAGAAUUAUUUGAGAUGGUAAGCAUCCCCUCAUGGUAUACCAUAGAUACUAGGCUCGGGAGUAUAUCGGUGCACUUAGAAACCCCCCAAUGCUUUUCUGCUGAGAUGUAUUCUACUGACCUGAACAUUACGGGGAAGCCUGAGGAUGACAAGGUUAAUUUGGCACGAGAAACCCUUAAAGGGCUGUUGUCUCAUUGGUUAACUAAAAGAAGGCAGAAAUUUGGAUCUCAAGCUUCAGCAAAUGGAGAAAUCCCAUCUGGGAAGGAUACAUCUACAAGGACAUUUGCCUUGUGUCGAAUUGAGGGGGAUAGUACUGGUGAAAAUGACCAUGUUGUGUAUCCACCAUUUGAAUUUUCAGCAGCUUCCCCUCCUUCCAUCAUUACUGAGGGCUCUCAAGGAGGCCCAUGGAGAAAGAAAAUUACUGACCUAGAUGGAACUGAAGACGAGAAAGACUUUCCAUGGUGGGUUCUGGAUUGUGUAUUAAAUAAUCGCUUGCCUCCCAGGGAAAAUACCAAAUGUAGCUUCUAUUUGCAACCAUGUGAAGGUUCUACAGUGCAGAUUCUCACACAAGGAAAACUUAGUGCCCCUCGCAUUUUGAGAAUACAUAAAGUUGUCAACUAUGUGAUAGAAAAAAUGGUUCUCGAUAAGCCAUUGGAUAGUAUGAAUGCGGAUGGAGCUUUUGCCCCUGGGAUACCUGGAGGUCAGAUUUCGCAUCCAGGUGUUGGAGGAGAUGGGUCUUUCUGGUCUGGACUGAAGUCUCGACAAAAACUGAAGCCCUCUAUAGAGAUCUUGUGUAAUAACCAGGUAUUACCCCCUGACAUGAGCUUAGCCACUGUGAUGGAUGGCAAUUUAAAGGAUCAAAUUGGUUAUGUUUGUGGAGUUAAUUUCUGCUUGUAA